AUGCCUAAGAAUACAACUGAACAUAAAUUGGAAGCUGUAUCUGCAGCGACUGCAUCAGCUUCCACUUCGACUUCGGCCACAAAUAAAACGAAGAGGAAGAACGUACCGAGAGAUGAUGAGGAUGAUAGUGGAUCGGAUUCAGGUAGCGAUGUUAGCAUGAUCAAUGUUGAUUUUGAUUUCUACAAUUUCAACCCUGAUGUCGAUCAAAUCGCAAUAAAACGACUUGUCAGACAAACGCUCUCGCACGAUGAUGAGCUCAUAGAUGUUCAUCCACUGGCAGAUUUGAUCUUGGCAGAAGGUAUCAGGUUAGGUGCUGGAAGUAGUAUCAAGACUGAUGGAGAAGACAGUGAUCCAUGGGGUUUAGUCGCGGUUAUUGAUAUCAAGCAGAACAGGGAUCACCCAGCAUUCGCUCCAUUCCUGAAUUACCUAUUAUCAACCCUCCCUUCCAUAUCUCCGCUACGAUUAUUACUUGACCCAAGUUCAUCUCCCGCUCACGCAUCUAAACCUGCCCUCAUAUUCUCACUGCGGAUGUUAAAUCUCCCUUUGCCAUUGAUACCACACCUAUACAGGAUGUUGUUGAGUGAAUUGAAGGAUGGCGGAGCAGACUUUACAGAUUAUAUCAUUUGGGGAAGAGGAUACAGAUUGGAGGGUGAAGAAGAAAGCAUGGGCUUGGAUAUUAUUGACACCAAUUCGAAGAAAAAGAAGAAAGGUGGUGUUAAUUCGCAAUUAGCUUUGACAGCUGGAACUUUCCCUUAUCAUCCCGAAGAGGAGUUCAUUGACAAAGUCGCAACUCACGUCCACACGUAUCCUUUCAAGACUGCUCCUAAAAGGGAUGAAGACGCUUUCGGCGUAGAACAAUUCGGUCGAUUGGUUCUUGUUUCAGAUGACAAGCUGGCAAAAGCAGUAGAAGCUAUGCAAGCUGCUUGUCAAUAG